AUGUCAUACGGUAACAACGAUAAUUACAACGGUAGUUAUAGAAGCCAGAAAAAAUCUUGGCGUGAUGAUAAUGAUGAUAAAUUACAAAAGGGAAAUAGAGCAUAUAAAAACAAUACUUUUUCUAGAGGAGAUAGUUGGUAUGGUGGAAAUUCAAGGCCAUUAUCAAACAGAUCAAGUGGAUGGACCUCUAAUAAAAGUGUUUCUUGGACACCAGGUAGAAGUGAGUCACGGCCGGCAUUUGAAUUAAAACCAGCUCUUGGUGCUGUAGAAUUUAAAAAAGAUUUUUACAAAAAAACCGAUAAUUUAACCGACAGAGAAGCAGAUAAUUUUAGAAAUCAACAUGAUAUUAAAAUUUCUGGAGAUGUACCACAUCCCUAUGUUAAAUUCGAACAUGCACCCUUUGAAAAUGAGGUGUUAAAUAAUUUUAAACUAAAAGCUUUUACUAGUCCAACGCCUAUACAAGCGCAGGGGUGGCCGAUGGCACUCACAGGAAAGGAUAUGGUUGGAAUAGCGCAGACUGGAAGCGGCAAAACACUUAGUUUUGUACUACCAGCACUCAUUCAUGCUAGAGCUCAGAUUCCUUUAAGAUCUGGAGAUGGUCCUAUUGUUUUAGUUUUAGCACCCACUAGGGAGUUGUGUCUUCAAAUUAAAGAUGUGUUUGAUGAAUAUUGCAGAUUUUUUAAUAUGAGAUGUACUGCUGUUUAUGGAGGAGUAUCUUCAUAUACACAAAAAAGAGAUAUCAGUAUGGGAUGUGAAGUAGUUGUUGGAUGUCCAGGGAGACUUAUUGACUUGAAUGAACAAGGAGCUUUGCAUUUUAACAGGGUUACUUUUUUGGUUCUAGAUGAAGCGGAUAGAAUGCUUGAUAUGGGAUUCGAACCUCAACUAAAAAAGAUUAUAGUUAAUACGAAUCCUGAUCGACAGACUCUUAUGUGGAGUGCUACGUGGCCAAAAGAGGUUAGGCGGUUAGCAGAAAAUUAUAUGAAGAAUUUUGUACAAUUAACAAUUGGUAGUGUAGAACUUAAAACUAAUAUUAAAAUUAAGCAAAUUGUUUCUGUUAUUGAUUCUCAUGAAAAAGCUAAUAAAUUACAUGAGUCAUUAAAUGAAAAGAAAAAUGAAAAAGUUAUUAUCUUUGCUAAUACUAAAAGAAUGUGUGAUAAUCUCGAGGAUGAUUUAUCACGAAGAGGAUACAAAGCAGUUGCUAUUCAUGGCGAUAAAUCGCAGAAUAUUCGUGAUCGUAUAAUUAGUGAUUUCAGAUCUGGUUAUAAAAAUAUUUUAAUAGCUACAGAUGUAGCAGCUAGAGGAUUGGAUAUUAAAAAUGUAGCUUUAGUAAUAAAUUAUGACUUUCCAAAUAAUAUCGAAGAUUAUGUACACCGAAUUGGACGUACAGCUAGAGGAGAUGUAACUGAAGGAUUGUCUCACUCAUUUUUUACCUCAGAAAAUAGCGCCUGUGCUAAAGAAUUAGUGAAGAUUCUUAAAGAAGCUAAUCAAGAUGUUCCAUCCAAGUUAAUAGACAUGUCUACUACAAAAAAUGGUGGUUAUAAUAGCAGAGGAGGAAAUUAUAGCAGACCAUAUAGAAGCUGGUAUUGA